UGCGUGCUGCCCGGAGGAGCCCAGCGCCUGCGGACCGGCGCCGGCGGAGCCCAGCGCGCCCAGCCACACAUUUACUUUCAUCGGAACUCAAGUUGUCUCGCUGUGGCAGGCAGGCCUGCCCUGGGCCCGCCUGAGAAUGGCUUAUCCUGAGGAGCAAGGAGGCAUCCCCUGUGGUUUCAUCCGCCAGAAUUCCGGCAACUCCGUUUCCUUGGACUUCGAGCACCACACCGAGUACCGGUUUGUGGAGCAGUUGGAAGAGCGGUACAAGUGUGCCUUCUGCCGCUCCGUGCUUCACAACCCCCACCAGACAGGCUGUGGGCACCGUUUCUGCCAGCACUGCAUCCUAGCCCUCAGAGAAUUAAAUGCAGUGCCGCUCUGCCCUGUAGAUAAGGAAGUUAUUAAAUCUCACGAGGUGUUUAAGGACAAUUGCUGCAAAAGGGAAGUCCUCAAUUUAUAUGUAUAUUGCAAAAAUGCUCCUGGGUGUAAUGCCAAGAUUAUUCUGGGACGAUACCAGGACCACCUUCUGCAGUGCUUAUUUCAAGCUGUGCCGUGUUCCAAUGAGAGCUGCCGGCAACCGGUCCUUCGGAAAGAUCUGAAAGAGCACUUGAGCGCCUACUGCCAGUUUCGAGAGGAAAAAUGCAUUUAUUGCAAAAAAGAGGUGGUCGUCAUCAAUCUACAGGAUCAUGAAGAAAACUUGUGUCCCGAGUACCCAGUGCCUUGUCCCAACAAGUGUCUGCAUGUUAUUCCCAGAACUGAGGUGGAUAAACACCUGGCUGUGUGUCCUGAAGCGGAACAAGACUGUCCUUUCAAGCACUAUGGCUGUCCUGUAAAGGGUAAACGGUUGAACCUGCAGCAGCAUGAGCACUCAGCCUUACGGGACCACAUGCUUCUCGUUUUAGAAAAGAACUUCCAAUUAGAAGAACAGAUUUCUGACUUAUAUAAGAGCCUAGAACGGAAAGAAAGUAAAAUCCAGCAGCUCUCAGAAACUGUAAAGAAAUUCGAAAAGGAGUUCAAGCAGUUCACACAGCUGUUCGGCAAAAAUGGAAACUUCCCCUCAAACAUCCAGGUUCUUGCCAGUCACAUUGACAAGUCGGCUUGGCUAGAAGCUCAAGUGCGUCAAUUAUUACAGAUGGCAAACCAGCAACAAAAUAAAUUUGAUCUGAGGCCUUUGGUGGAAGCGAUUGAUACAGUGAAAGAGAAAAUUACCCUGCUAGAAAGCAAUGAUCAAAGAUUAGUUGUUCUGGAAGGGGAGACGAGCAAACACGACGCCCACAUUAAUAUUCAUAAAGCACAGCUGAAUAAAAAUGAAGAGCGAUUCAAACUGCUGGAAGGCGCCUGCUACAAUGGAAAGCUCAUCUGGAAGGUGACUGACUAUGCGAUGAAGAAGAGGGAGGCGCUGGACGGGCACACGGUGUCCAUCUUCAGCCAGCCCUUCUACACCAGCCGGUGUGGCUACCGCCUCUGCGCCAGAGCCUACCUGAACGGGGACGGGUCCGGGAAGGGGACGCACCUGUCGCUGUACUUUGUGGUGAUGCGAGGGGAGUUUGACUCCCUGUUGCAGUGGCCAUUCCGGCAGAGGGUCACCCUGAUGCUUUUGGACCAGAGUGGCAAGAAGAACCACAUUAUGGAGACCUUCAAGGCUGACCCCAAUAGCAGCAGCUUUAAACGUCCCGAUGGGGAGAUGAACAUUGCCUCCGGCUGUCCGCGCUUCGUGGCUCACUCCACUUUGGAGAAUGCCAAGAACACCUACAUUAAAGAUGACACCAUCUUCUUGAAAGUGACAGUGGAUUUAACUGACCUGGAGGAGCUCUAGUCACUAUUUCUCGGGGGAUAAAAGGACUUCUUGGGUCCAGGACCGUGGAGGAAACCUUUGGUUAGCACGGUGACUGAAUAUCACCUCGGUCCACGUUUGUAUUUGGCUUUUGCCCUUAGCAUUCGAAGUCACUUUAAAACUUCCUAAGUGCUGUCUUCUUCCCCAGUUUGAAACUUAAAACACUUAGGAUAUCCUCUUAUUUAUAUUUUUCUAUCUCUUGAAAGAUGGUAAGUUUCUUGAAAGCAAGGUCUGGGACAUCUCUUUUUUGCCGGUGCUUAGCAUGGGGUCUUAGCAUGGGAUCUUAGAUGUAGCAUGGAUUCUACAUCUGUGUCCUCAUCGACAUUUAACACAGAGCUUUCUUUCUCUAUGUUAAAUGUCGAUGAGGACACAGAUGUAGAAUUCCCGGUUGAAAAUGCUUGGUAUUUAGUCUGCUGGUUCUAGACUUGACCACAUGCCUACAAACGCCGUCUUCUAAGGUGGAUUGUUCCAGAUCAGUAGAAGGAUGGUGUAAUUACAAGACAGUAUGUCCAGUUGGAACAGACGUUUUUGGGUCAGAUACUGAAUUACUACACCUCUAAAUAUUUUCAUGAAAGUCACUAGUAAUCAGCAGACACAAUUUUUGAAGGCUGCAUAAGUGGUGACAAGAGUAGGCAUCUUCAUUCUCCCUGCAGAAAUACAGAAAAAAGUACCACAUAGCAUAUAAAAAAGGAGAUAUAAACAUCCAACUAAAGUCCAGAUUUUAUUAGGGUCAACCAUAUGGAAAACUUUUUAUAGAUCAAAAACAAAUAUUAAGAGUUUAAUAAGGUUCAACUUAAUGUAUAUAUGUAUAUGUAUACAAAUAAUUUAAAGGUAUUUUGGUAAUAACAGUAAAUUAACCUUUUGCACUCGGAUGUCGAGAUUAAAAUUACUCUUUGAAUGUAUCAAUAAUUUGAAAUAUAAAAAAAUCCAAAUAAAUAAGUUUGUAUGAAAAGAAACUCCAGUUUUUUAUUCUACUGCCGCGCUUUGUAAAAUCUGGGGUAUUUAAAAAAUUAAAUCCCGAGUAGAAUAAAGGAAUCGAGAAAAAAGCAAGCGAGUGCAAAGGGUUAAUGUGAGGAUGGGCAGAAUUUAGUAUGCGAUGGAGGGAAUGUCAUAAAUGAAUGAGGAAUUUGAAACCUAGGGAAGACAUCAUUACAAUUUCCCAUGGGUGUCAGAAGCACUCCCAUCCAAAACUGAUUGCUAAAAACAGUUCUCCUAUUUUUCUUGAGAAAAUUUUUAUUUCAUAAAUUGGUAUGAAAAUGGGUAUUUAUAUACACUUGUGACUUUUCUUGUUGAAAACCUAAGUACUCUGUGAAGAAAUGAUUAUGUUCUUAUGCAUUUUUCUGUAUGGGUCUGAAGGUGUAUGUAUAUUCAAGUCAAGACGGAGUCCUUCGGACUCUUGAUAGACUUGAGGUUAACAAAAAAUACCUAGUUUACCUGAGUCCUAAUUCAUUCUCAUGCAACUGAGCACCCUCCUCCCGCUCCUUUUGGCCUGGCUCCCUUGAUCCUGCAAGGACAAGUGCCACCGGCUAAGGGCCACUCAGCGCAGCUCACUCAGGCGAUGACCACUCACCUUACAGCUUCUAAACAGUUAACCUGAAGAAGCAGCAUGAUUUAUACCAGUGGCUUCUGGAAUAACUGAAACUUCCUUAAUCUCUUCUGUGAAAUUUUCAAGAUGCUAAAAAAACUAUAGUGCAGAAAUCAUCUCAAAGGGGUUAAAUUCAAAGAAAUAAGUUCACAAUACAAACACACUCAAGAACUACACUGUAGCUGCUGGGGAACCCUGGUACAGUCAAUGGUCAGCAUGUCAGGUCAGACAAACUCGGGAAGCCUUCCUCUGGACCACACAGGUGGUUCUCUGUGUUCGUUUUCCGUGUUUCUAAUCAAGUUCAAGAUCACCCCUGUACUCCUGGGGAGUGGGAGAUCAUAUUGUUGUAACUCGUUUUAAGUAGGUGAUGUGAAAAACAUUUAAAAGUGAAUUUAUUCAAAUACUAGUUUUGUGUUU